ACAGGAACAACUUCGAAAUCCACAUCGCCAGUAACAAGUAGCCCGCAGAAAGCUACGAGAGUUGAAGACUCCUAGACAAGCCCUGCCAGCAUCUCAGUGGCUUUCUCUUGUCUGAUUAGUGCAAACGACUUCUUCAAGGACUUGGCCUCGUAUUUGUCUCUAGGCCUUUCGAUAGACUAUCACCGUGUUAUUAAAUUAUACAAGUGCACAUCAAUCAGCUGAGCACGGCGUAAGACAGCGCGGAAAUCUAGAGAAGCUGUUCCUCUCAUUGCUAACCCAUGUCUUUAUUUCGGCGUCCUCGUUUUCUCCUCUGGCUCUGCCUCAAUGUCUUUUUCGUUGUUGACAUUGUGCUAAACAGUGGCUGGAUCACUACGAAAAGUCAUCAGCUUAAUCCUGUCGACGCCUCUUCAGCCACUUUCACUCAGUCACGUUCUUCAUUAGGGGAUGUGAACGAUGAAAUCCGAUUGCUGUGUUGGAUUCCAUCGGCAUUCAGCACAUCCAACAGCCAUGCACAAAACGUCAUCCGAGAGACGUGGGGCAAACGGUGUGAUAAACUAUUGUUUGUUUACGCGAAUGGUGCUCAAUCAAAACAAGUGAAUGAGACAGAUGAUGCUGGAGUUAUCCGGAUAUUUAGAAGGACAACAUCUGAGGUGUUACAAUAUUUCUACGACCACCAUCUCAGUGAUUCGCAUUGGUUUCUUAAAGCUAACGAAAAGACUUACGUAGUGGUGGAACAACUGAAAGCGAUGUUGCCCGUUCAAAAUACUGGAACACCGUUUUAUUUGGCUGCCAACGAUAAGGAGCAUCCAUCGAUUAUUGGUGACGUGUAUAUAUUGAACAGAGAAGCCAUCCGCCGUUUAGUGCAUCACUUCCGUCAUCCCUACGUCCACCUGUCCUCUAAUGAAGCCGAUUGUAAAAAGUGGGCCCAUUUUCGGACUUCAGGUAAGAGUAGUGAUGCGUCGUCAACCUCCUUAAAUCGCGAGUGCCUAGUUCGAUUGAGUAUCGUUUCAUACAACACAAGAGACGAAAGAGGCUGUGAACGCUUUCUAUCCAACCGCCUUGCUACCGAGUUAGCUAAUCAUCAAAAUUCGGUACAUUCUGGAGACCGGUGCAUUUCGAAGACUGCGUUUAUCUUCCGAGAAGUUGAAACUAAUCAGUUUCAUGUUUUCGAACACAUGCUCUAUCGGCUUAAAAUUUCGCUGUAAUGUUUUAAGGCAGUGACUAACGUGGCGCGGUAGGUGUUGUUUGAAUAACACGUCUGCCGAACACAAAUUAUUGUGCGGAUUACAAGCAUAUUGAACUCGUCGUCCUCGAUUGAAAGUGGUAAUCAACUAUGUGGAUAGAAAAAGGACAAAGAAAAAAUGUUGUCUUGAAAAUUCCAUAAACAGUGAAUGUGAUCUUUAGUGUCUGGUUGGCAAAUGAGUAAGGCCCGCCUCUUGUUGAGAAGCAAAUACGCAACGCUGUUGAAAAUGGUUACUCGACUGCAAGCUAUUCAAGAUUAGCAGGUGAGGUACGAGCUGAGCAACUUCUGUCUUCCUAAUGCGAAGAGAAACGUUUACAGAGAGAAAAAGUGGAUAUGAGACUGCCUGUCCCUUAAAAAUCCCUAAUCCAUUUCCCCCACUCACUUUCAGUUCCUUUAUUGUUUUAAAUCUGCCCCGUAAUUGUACCAGUUUUCAAGGGGUACUCUAUUACAAUGCGAUUCUCUCGCCUUCUUAUUCGUCAUGGUCGACUAUCACGAUUAUCUCAAGUUCUAUUACCUGCCUUGACAUUGUUCAUCCUCUACAUUCUCGCCUUUUUAACGUCGGAAUUGUUUGUAGCAAUACAUCAACGCUUUGAAGCGCCAGUACACAAGGCCGAUUCAUUGGAGCUUCUGCUUUCCGAACUUUCUCGGUCACAACGACCGGAGCCAUUUAAUACUGAAGAACUCCCAAUCAAGUACAACUUGAUGGAAGAAACGUUUGGCCGGAAAUGGGCCAAAACACCGGAAGAGGAAUACGGGUCUGCCCGUGAUUGCACCGUAGAAUACGCCAACAAGAAUAAACUGCAACAGGAUCAUCCGUGCGUCAUUCGCCUCAUUCGGCGUGAUUAUCUUCGCAAACCGGCACCUCAGCAUGUUCCUUAUCGACUAGAGGUGCCAGAAUCGGCUGAUCCAUCUAACGGACAAGCUCAAGCAAUCCUACGAAUUUUGCAGAAUAAAACCAACGGUUUCUUCGUUGAUUGUAGAGGUUACGAUGGCGAAUUUCUCUCAAACAGCUUGUACAUGGAGAGGUCACUAAACUGGACGGGGUUGGUGAUUGAAGCUGAUAAACUGGCGUUUAAUCAGCUCACAAGUCGUAAUCGAAAAGCUUACACUUCACCCGUUUGCCUUAGUACCAAACCCUACCCUAUGGAAGUUGUUUACAAUGCUACUAUAGGUACCAUGAGUUUCAUCGCUGAGGGAAAUAAGGAUGUGCAGCAUAAGAAGUCUGAUCUAACGGACAACAACGAUGAAACAUCUAUUAAGAAAGACACGGCCGACAUUUACAAUAUGCAAUGUUUCCCGUUGUAUUCGUUGCUGAUCGCCAUUGGCAGAACUCAGGUGGACUAUUUCAGUCUGGACGUCGAAGGUGCCGAAUACAAAAUACUAAAGACCAUACCUUGGACAAAGGUUGACAUCAAGACAUUGACAGUGGAAUGGAAUCACGUCCCUGAAGGAGAAGAAGGAAUAACACGUCUGAUGGAGAGCAAUAAAUUCAUCAAGUUUGGUCUCUUUUCCAUGCGAUUCUCCCGCCACGUAGUCUACGUCAAAGAUUUCCUCGAUGACUUAAGAGACUACGAGGACGAGUGAAACUGGAAUGGCCUGCGCCUACGUAACUGUAGUGACAAGGAGAAGAGUAAAAUGGAAUAAAGACCAAUUGUUACAGCGCUGAUCAAAUUCAAUUGACCGCAGGUUACCCUUGCCAACGAAGCACAAACAGAUAAUUACAGUUUGAUUUCUGAACGCUUUUGGCAAGGUUAUUUCAUCUUUUUGGGUAUUUGAACCCCUCGAUCAGUAAAAACCCGGGGCGUAAUUUACUUCCGCCAUGGAAUGCCAGUAGUCUCCAGAACAUCAGUGAGAAAGGUUGUAUCUCUUUUAUAAAAAGAAAAUUUACCUGAGGCUCUUUAUCGUUGUGAUUAUGGUUACAAUCACGCAUCGUAACAAUCUCGGCAGGUCUAAAUACAGGAGAGCUGAGAGUGACAAGAACGUGGCGCGUUUACGUCAUUAAACACAAUGCGAAUCUCUAUUCGAACGUUUCGGUUUUAUCUGCUGCCUCGUUUCGUUCUCCUUUGCAUAUUUUCGUGCCUCCUCUACGUCUUCAGGUUAGUGAUGGUGGAUUCGAUCUAUGAAGCAUGCAAAUCAAUCGCUGUGGCGCAACAACAGGUUUAUGCUACGCAUCUUCCAGUCAAAGCUGCAACAGAACUUCCGCAUAAACACAAUUUAAUGGAAGAAACGUAUGGAAGAAUAUGGGCUAAAACACCAGACAAAUAUUUAUCUUCUAUUAAUUGCA